UGUUGAUCUCCCUUUACACUCCCGUAUCAGGCUCACUGCUUCUCCGCCAUCAUGACCGUCACCGGCCUCAUCAAGCCGCCUCCGGGCACGACCGCCAUCCCCGCCGAGAGGCUGGACCGGCGGACCGACGAGGACAUCGCCGCGUGGCUCCAGCAGCGCCACGAGGUCGUCUCCGAGAAGAACGUGUGGGCGUUUUGGCACGCCGGCUUCGCCACCAUGCCGGCCUGGUCGCGGCGCAACAUCAUCAACUGGGUGCGCCGCCUCGGCCCGGACUGGACCGUCCACGUGCUCGACGCCGUCCCGGGCUCGGAGACGAACGUGCGGCACCACUUGCUGCUCCGUGAUGACGACGACGACGACGAGGACGUCGAGGAGGCGGCGGCGGGCGUCGUGCUCCCGCGCGCCUUCCGCGAGGGCACCAUGGACGGACCGACCGUGGGGCAGCACCAGGCCGACCUCGUGCGCCUGCCGUUGCUCUACCAGCACGGCGGCAUCUGGAUGGACGUCGGCAUGAUACUGUUUCGGCACGUCGACGACAUCUGCUGGGACGCCAUCAUGGACCCGGCCUCGCCCUACGAGGUCGCCGGCUUCACGAUGCAGCUGCGCCCCGGCGUGGAGAGCAUGAUGAACAGCUUCAUCGCGGCGAGAAAGGGCAAACCGUUCAUCAAGCGCUGGCACGACAUCUUCACCGCCGUCUGGGGCGACGCGACCAACGCGUACGCCGCCAGCUUCCACAAGCACCCGCUCCUCCGACCGAUCCCGCUGCCCAAGCUCACCGCCGAGCAGCUCAACGCCCCCGAAGCCACCGUCAGCAUGGAGUUUCUGGCCGACUACCUGACGCAGGUGCUCUGCUUUGAGCGUCUGCGCCGGGUCGUCGAGCCGGGGGGCGUCGAAGGGUUCAACGGACCCGAGUACUACGCGACGCACGUCUUCCUUUUGUCGUCCAUGACGGAGAUGUACUACCUGCAGGGGGUGAGCUCGUGGCAGGGGCCGAGGGAGUUUGCGCUGCUCUCGGCGACGGCGACGGCGACAGGUGGUGGCAGCGGCGGCGGCGAUAACGACAAAGACGAGGCAGAUGAGGAGGCGUUGCGCGACGAGGCGCGCGCCGUCGUCAACCACUUGCUCGCCAACACGGCCACCAUGAAGCUCUCGCACGCCCCGCCAGGCGAGGUGCCGUUCCUCGCUGACAUUUGGGGCCGGCCCGAGCAUCGCGACGCGGAUAUCGCGAGGGACUCGUUUGGCGCCUACAUGCGGUACGGCAGCGUGCACUUUGAUCAGGAUCGGGAGUUGAAGCCCAUGAAGGUCGGCGUCGACACACAGGGGGCGCUGCGGAUGGGGUUGCUGGAGGCAGGAGAGGAGGGGCAGGGCGACGAGUGA